CAGGGGCCCCAGGAAACCCCUGAGAAACCAGACAGAAGGCGAGGAGAGAUUCUCCGUCAACCUCCUCACCCUGCCCCAGCAUUGUACUGGCCACCCCGGCUGGCUGGCGAGCCGUGAGCUCCUGAUCCCUCAAGGAAAGCCACAGCCCCAGCGCUACGUGAGACUACCCUCCGCAUUGUUCUCUCCCCCUCGAUCGGACGCCUUCAGUGGAGCCGCAUCUCAUGGAGAUGGCAUGCACUCAAGUACGGCAGUAGGAUGUUACGUGCUAGACUGCUAGUCAGUCUCUUCCUGGCUCUAGCAUUGCAGAGGAGCUGAAUUCUGCUUCGGUCAUGUGUUCCAACUAGAUACAGCAGUAACAAUGCGUAGCACAAAGCCUCCUGGAAUUCAUCUUUUCGAGUGUGUUCAGGGGAGUCCUCUAUCCCUCAGGACAUGUCAGGCCCUUGUCUUGGUAUUGACAUUCUUUUCUUACUCUAGCUACCAUGCUGCAAGGAAAACCACUAGUGUUGUUAAGGGUGUUCUUGAUCCUAAGACGUCAAACCUAGGCUUGUUGCACUGGCCUAGAUGCUUGAAUAUUGAUAAAUUGCCUACUGCUGAGAGCAACACGGUGCUCUAUGGUGGUUGGGCACCGUUUGAUUCCAGAAAUGGCGCUGCGUUGCUUGGGGAUAUUGAUUUGGCAUUUCUCGCAAUUUAUGCAAUUGGCAUAUUCUUUGUUGGCCAUAUCGGUGACAGGGUGGAUCUGAGGAUCCUUCUGACCAUUGGAAUGAUAGGAACUGGCUUGUUUACGGCUGCUUUUGGAGCUGGAUACUGGCUGGAUAUACACAGCUUCUACUAUUUCUUGGGCAUUCAGUUGAUUGCUGGCCUGUUUCAGUCAACUGGGUGGCCAUCAGUGGUAGCAGUUGUUGGCAAUUGGUUUGGGAAGAAAAAGAGGGGACUAAUCAUGGGAAUUUGGAAUGCUCAUACUUCUGUAGGGAACAUAUCAGGCUCUCUGAUAGCAGCUGCUCUCCUGAAGUUUGGGUGGGGCUGGUCAUUUGUUGUUCCAGGUGUUAUGAUUGCAUCAGUUGGGCUCAUUGUGUUCCUGUUCUUGCCUGCUGGUCCUGAGGCUACUGGAGAGGAUGACCAUUUGGAGGAUUUUAGUAAGAAUGAAAUAGGCACCCCUUUAUUGGAAGGACAGACAGAAGUAACAGAAAAGCCAGUGGGAUUUGUUGAGGCGUUGAGAAUUCCUGGAGUAGUGCCAUUUGCUCUCUGCCUGUUUUUCUGCAAGCUAGUCGCCUACACGUUCCUAUAUUGGCUUCCUUUCUAUAUCAGCCACACAGCUGUUGGCGGAAAGUAUCUGUCAGACUCGGCUGCUGGAGCCCUAUCAACGUUGUUCGAUUUGGGCGGUGUUAUAGGCGGCAUCCUUGCUGGCCACAUCUCGGACCGCCUGGAUGCCCGGGCACUGACAGCAGCAAGUUUCACAUUUUCCGCGAUGCCGGCACUGUUCUUCUACCGCGUAUACGGGAGCAUCUCGCUUUACUGGAACACCAUCCUAAUGUUCGUCACCGGAAUGCUCGUGAAUGGCCCUUACGCGCUCAUAACCACCGCGGUCUGUGCAGACCUCGGAACACACAGCUCCCUGAGAGGCAACUCCCGGGCCUUGGCCACUGUGACGGCGAUCAUAGAUGGGACAGGCUCAGCUGGUGCUGCAGUUGGCCCCUUGCUGACGGGCUACAUCUCUGCUAAGAGCUGGACUGCGGUCUUCGCAAUGCUGAUUGUCGCCGCGCUCGUUGCAGGCCUGCUGCUAUCAAGGCUGGUCAUGGCUGAGGUCUCUGCGAAGCUAGAAUCCCAGAGGUCGGCAGCAGCAACCGGUCUGCCUGUGUCCUCGGUAGCGGGAGCUUAGGCUGCACAUAAUUGAACUGCUUACACUUUUCUGGGGGUAGCAACACGAUGAAAGCCUCAGAUUUUAGACCUGAGCUGGUAGUCCGUGUUUGUUGUAUACAGUAGAUAGCAUUCUUUUCCAAGGUUGUUUAUGACAGGAUUGCGAGGCGUAUCUAGGAGUUUUGUGAAGUAUUGCUGGAAAAGGUAAAGAAAUUGGAGGUUGUAGUCAACAAUGUUGGAUCAGAAUUUGGAUCUUGGUAAAUGUAUCAUAGGAGACUUUUGAAAUAAAGGUGGCUUGGUGCUGUUCCCCCCC